AUGGCAGAUUCAGAUACAAAUGUUAAACCUUUUGAAAAAAAGCAUUUUACUUUUGAUAACAUUCUCGACUUGACUGGAAAAGUUGCGGUCGUUACGGGAGGAAAUGCUUGGAUAGGAUAUAUUACAUCAGAGAAUUGGGCAAAAAAAAUGCACAUUGCAUUUUCGCUUACUGAUGAUGGUAUUCAAGAAGAAUUUGGACUUUUCACCAAAUUAUUAUUGCCAAAAAUUAAAGCCUCGCAACCAGCACGUAUAGUUAAUCUUAGUAGUCUUGCUCAUAGAUUUGUUCCUGUGGGAGGAAUUGAAUUCGAGAAAUUAAAUGACCCAAUGCAUUUGAUUCAAUGCCUUGUUAUGCUCAAUCAAAAAACUUGCAAAUAUUUUAUUUACCAACGAAUUGAAUAA